AUGGAAAACACCAGAAUCUGCGUCGAACUUCUACCCCCUGAUAAUGAUUCAAAUCUCCCUCCAAGCAACCUUGUGCUGCCUGCUUUGGGCUCUGGGCCAUUGGAGCUUGCCAUGGACAAGUCCGCGUACUGGCGGCCUGGAACUCAACUCCAUGUUCUUUUUAUCUCUGGAAGCACCUUCGUGAAGAAUAAAGUCAAAUUCUUUGCUCAGACAUGGGAGAAGUACGCGAAUAUUGAUUUUGUAUUCGAUGAUUCGGCGAGUGCACAAAUCAGGAUCAGCUUCGUCAAGGGCGGGGGAUCAUGGUCCUAUCUUGGGAGACAUAAUCUCCAGAUUCCGUCUGACCGGCCAACAAUGAAUUUUGGUUGGUUUGAUGAUAACAGCACCGAUGAGGAACUCAGCAGAACCACCAUUCAUGAGUUUGGCCACGCUUUAGGUUGUAUUCAUGAACACAUGAGCCCUGCAGCGUCUAUCCCUUGGGACAAAGAAAAGGUUUAUAAGUAUUUUAUGGGACCACCAAACUCUUGGACCAAGGAAGAUGUUGACCGAAACCUGUUCAAUAAAUAUGCAGUUUCAGCGGCAUAUCACACUGCAUUUGACUCACUUUCAAUAAUGCUGUACCGAAUCUCGAAUGAUUUGACAAUUGGCGACUUCGAAACCCCUAACAACACAGUGCUUUCACCCACUGAUAAAGUGUUCAUUCGCUCAUUAUAUCCCGAACAAACGCGUAAUAGGGCUCGAUUCAGCACGCAGGAUUUCCGCCCUUCGUCAAACCCAAAGUUGUUGAACGCAACACAGGUUAAUUUUGAGCCGGAAUACGCCGAACCUCCAACUAUUGCUGUUGGUUUGACCGAGCUGGAUCUUAGCAAAGAGUUCAACGUCCGUAUAAGGGCAUAUGCGGAUCGCGUCACGCAAAGUGGAUUUGUCAUCCAUGCUGAUUCCUGGGCUGAUACUCUUCUUUACUCUGCCGGAGCUGCCUGGUUUGAAGUUGCCAGCACCGAUACCGAAUUUCAGUUGGGGAAUUUCGACACCCUAGAGCUUCACGCUUGGAAUGAAGCCAAACCACAAAACACAAAACGUGUUGUGUUCGAACGUUCGUUUACGGAGCCUCCCAAAGUUGUGGUCUGGCUCCAGGGGUUUGACAUGGAUAAGCAGAAGUGCUGGAAAAUUGGAGUUCAUGCAUCAAAUAUAUCAAGUGAAGGAUUUGACGUCCAUAUCGACACUUGGGGAGAGAGCCAGCUCUACAGCGGAUCUGCGUCUUGGAUCGCGUAUCCUGCGGACAAGACGGGCAUCGUGAGCGGGGUGGUUGAUUCUAGUAUUUCCCAAGAGCAAUCACUCCACGGACAGUACAAAGGAGGGCGAGUGGACUUUCCCAGAGGGAUAUUUGACAGAAAACAUCGGGUACAUUUGGCUAUCAAAUCGUUCAAUUGUGAUAACAAGCAUGAUUUGAGGCUGAAGGCUGUUGCGGAGAAUGUCUCCAAAGAUGGAUUCGAUUGGAAGGUUGAAACAUGGAGCAAUAGUGUUCUGAAUGGCGCAGGCAUUUCAUAUCUGGUAAUUUAA